AUGCAAAGUAAACCCAACGUGGAGGUUGUCAAACAUGUCCAAACAAACGCAUGUAUGCUCAGGUUUUUGGAGAUCACGUCAUUGUCUGAUAUCCCUAAAUGGUACGGGGUCACUGAACCGAUCAGCUUUGACUUUCCGUCUCAAGAGGAAAUCCCCCAGACCCUGAAACUGACGGAAACUCUGAAGGCGGCCGACUUGUUCGAGUCCCACUUACAGAUCGAACACCGUGAAAUGGUGGUGAGACAUCUGGAGUCUCUGUUUAAGCGGUGGCUGACAGAGACUUGCCUCGACAUGAAUGUCCCUGAGGUUGUGACCGAGAAGGUGGGGGGCAGGGUGCUCCCGUUUGGCUCCUUUGCCCUCGGUCUGAACAUAAAAAACUCAGACAUCGACCUCCUGUGCCUUGGACCAGGAUUUGUGCCCCGCCAAGCCUUCUUCUCCUCUUUUGUGGAGAAGUUACAGGCCGAAAAAGCGAUCCAAAUUGUUCAAGUUAUCGAGGAUGCUUUUGUGCCUGUCAUCAAGCUGCUUGUUGCUGGGAUUGAGGUCGAUAUGGUUUAUGCUAAAAUCUACAGGAAAAGCAUCUCCGACAAGAUGAACCUGAUGGACCCCACUCACCUGCAGGGGAUGGACAUCCACUCUGUACGCAGCCUCCAGGGAUACAGAGUCACCCAGGAGAUCCUGAGCCUGGUCCCCAACGUCUUCACCUUCAGACUGGUGCUGACUGUCAUCAAGCACUGGGCCCAAUGUAGAAACAUCUACUCCAAUAAGAUGGGCUUCCUGGGUGGAGUGUCUUGGGCCAUUUUAGUGGCCAGGAUCUGCCAGUUGUACCCUUACGCCACUGCCGCUGUGGUAGUGGCCAAGUUUUUUAAGGUGUACUCCAUAUGGGAAUGGCCUAUUCCCAUCCUGUUGAGGAACCCGGAGGAGCAGAAACUCAACUUCCCAGUGUGGAAUCCAAAAGACAACGUGCGCGAUCGACUCCACCAGAUGCCCAUCAUCACGCCGUCGUAUCCACACCAGAACUCCUCCUACAAUGUCACAGCAUCCACACGCAAUAUUAUGAUGGAGGAGUUCAAGCGCGGUCACAACAUUAUGCAGGAGGGGUUUGAGAAAAAAACAACCUGGAAAAAUCUGUUUCAACAGGCAGUGUUUUUCCAAGACUACAAACACUAUAUUGCGCUGCGGGCCACUGCCCCGACAGAGGCCAAGCAUAAAGAAUGGACUGGUUACGUAGAGUCUAAGAUCAGACACUUGGUGGGCAUCUUGGAGAAGAACCCCAACAUCCUCGUGGCCUGUCCCAGUCUCCAAACCUUUCCUGAAAAGAAUGGUCUUGGCACAACUUGGGUCAUCGGAAUUAAAUUGAGCCCCGGGACAACCAGGAGUUUCAGUCUGAACCCUGACGUCCUGAGCUUCGUCCAGUCUGUGUACGCGAAUGCUGAAAGUUUUCGCACCGAGGACAUGCAGCUCGAGGCGGAGUAUGAGAAUAAGGAAACGUAUAAACAUGUCAUUGCUGCGUUCGUAGAGAGACAGGAGGAGUCUGCUGUGGUCGCUCCGGAGAGGCGAUCCGCCCCCAAGCGCCCCCACACUCCAGACUCCGAACCCGAGGCCAAAAGGAGGAAAACAGAGCUCAUCUCCGGUCGGACAAGACAUUCAAUCUAGACCCAG